CUUCCAGACAUGGCUCACAGCAAUACGAGGUGUGGUCAAAAAGUAAGGUGACUUUUCAAAUUUCGCGGGCAACAUAUUUUCGAUUAUCGAUUUUAUUUGUUUUGUUAUGUUGGUACACUCUUCCCUAACAUCUGUACCAAGUUUCAAUUGAAUCCCCUUUUUUGUUUAGUUGUGAGAGGCGUAAAGGUAACAAGUUGUUUUGCGUUCUCAGCGAUUUUUGCUAUCGAAAAAUAUGGAUCAAAGGAUUUGCAUCAAAUUUUGUGUAAAAAAUAAAAUUAAGUGCUCCGAAACACUUGAAAUGUUGACAGUGGCAUACGGUGAAACUGUUCUGAGUAAAAAAAAUGUUUACAAGUGGUACAAACUCUUCCAAGAUGGCCGGGAAGAUGCCAAUGACGAGCCUCGCUCUGGACGCCAAAGCACGUCAACAACUGAUGAAAACGUUCAAGCAGUGAAGAAAAUUGUUUUGGAAAAUCGUCGAAUCACUAUCAGAGAAGUUGCUGAAGAUGUCGGUAUAUCGCUUGUCUCGUGCCAUAAAAUUUUUUCAAACGUUUUGGGCAUGAGUCGUGUGUCAGCGAAGUUUGUUCCAAAACUGCUGAAUUUUGACCAAAAGAACCGUCGCAUGAGCAUCGCUCAAGAGCUGUUGGAUGACGUCAACGACGACCCAGAUUUACUCAUUUACACUGGUGACGAAUCAUGGGUAUAUGGUUAUGAUGUCGAAACCAAAACCCAAUCGUCACAAUGGAAGAGCCCAGGUGAGCCAAGACCGAAAAAAGCACGCCAAGUUCGAUCAAUUUUGACCAAAAGAACCGUCGCAUGAGCAUCGCUCAAGAGCUGUUGGAUGACGUCAACGACGACCCAGAUUUACUCAUUUACACUGGUGACGAAUCAUGGGUAUAUGGUUAUGAUGUCGAAACCAAAACCCAAUCGUCACAAUGGAAGAGCCCAGGUGAGCCAAGACCGAAAAAAGCACGCCAAGUUCGAUCAAAUGUCAAUGUUUUGAUCACUCUAUUCUUCGAUUACCAUGGCAUGGUGCAUCAGGAGUUCUUACCAUAUGGUCGUACGGUCAAAAAACAGUAUUAUCUGGAAGUUAUGCGCCGUUUGCGAGAAGCAAUACGAAAGAAAUGUCCAGAAUUGUGGAAAAACAAUUCAUGGCUUUUGCAUCACGAUAAUGCGCCUGCUCACUCAUCUUUGCUUAUGAGAGAUUUUUUGGCCAAAAACAACACCACAAUAAUGCCUCAGCCACCAUAUUCACCGGAUUUGGCCCCAUGUGACUUUUUCUUGUUCCCAAAACUAAAGAGACCUAUGAAAGGACGGAGAUUUGCAGCGAUUGAAGAGAUAAAGACUGCAUCGCUGGAAGAGCUCAAGGCUAUACCGAAAAGUGCUAAUGGGAAGUGCUUUGAGGAUUGGAAAAACCGUUGGCAUAAGUGUAUUGUAUCUGAGGGGGAUUACUUUGAAGGGGACAAC